AUGACUGUCCAGGAAGUGCGUGGCUCGCAGCCUGAGCUUGAGGUAUAUGAUGACUCGAUGGAUACGGAAAAGUAUUUGGAGAAGCCGCCUCCUGUGGAGGAUCCGUUUGGAAAUGAAGAAUCCGGGGAAGUGAAGUACCGGUCUGGAGGCUCCCAGUUUAACAUCAUUGCAGGCAAGCUGGAAUGCUUAUGGUUGCUGAAAACAUCUCACUUGGUAUCAUGUCUCUACCAUCUGCCGUGGCAACUCUCGGGAUUGUCCCGUAAGAAAUCACAUCUCGACUCUGGCAUUGUUUACGGAACACUAAACAUUUCUAGUGCGCUUAUCCUUAUUCUUGGCCUAUCGGGCAUUUCAUGGUACACCGGCUACAUCUUUUGCCAGUUCAAACUGCGCUUUCCUCAAGUCCACAGCAUGGGUGAUGCCGGCGAGCUUAUCCUAGGUCCUAUCGGACGAGAAAUCUGCUACUUCGGCCAGCUGCUAUUUAUCAUUUUCUUGAUGGCUAGCCACAUCCUCACCUUCACGGUGACAUUUAACACCAUCACAAAUCACGGCACCUGCACUAUCGUCUUCGGAGUUGUGGGUCUAGUCGCUUGCUCCAUUGCUUCCCUCCCGCGAACAUCAGGAAAGGUCUUCCUGAUGUCCACCAUCUCAGCCGCUAGCAUUCUCAUCGCCACCAUCGUUACCAUGAUUUCAGUUGCUGUUCAGUCGCCCGCUGAUGUUGUGAAUGAUAUUACAACUCAUCCAACUUUUGUUAACGGCUUCCUGGCUGUGACAAACAUUGUCUUCGCGUUCAUCGCUCACGUGUCUUUCUUCGGUAUUAUUUCGGAGAUGGAGGACCCGCGCCAGUUCCCCAAGUCUCUUGCUAUGCUGCAGGUUGUCGAUACUACUAUGUACAUCGUGGCGGCGAUGGUUAUCUAUUGCUAUGUGGGCCCGGAUGUUUCAUCUCCUGCCCUUUCGGCUGCUGGGCCUGUGAUGAAGAAGGUCGCAUACGGUCUUGCGAUCCCGACGGUUAUCGUUGCCGGUGUGGUUUUCGGUCACGUUGCUUGCAAGUACAUCUAUGUCCGCAUUUUCCGAGGCGAGCGCUCCCACCACAUGCACCAGCGGAGUCUUCUCGCUACGGGUACUUGGGUUGCCAUCUGCCUGAGCACAUGGACUAUUGCCUGGGUUAUCGCUGAGUCGAUUCCGGUGUUUAACGAUUUGUUGAGCUUGAUUAGUGCACUCUUUGGAAGUUGGUUUAGCUAUGGUCUCCCUGCCAUGUUUUGGUUCUAUAUGAACAAGGGACAGUUGUGGUCGACACCCAAGAAGAUCUUCCUUACUCUUGUCAACCUCUUUAUCUUCGGAGUUGCUUGUGCUAUUUGCGGAUUGGGACUGUAUGUCUCGGGCAAGUCCAUUCAUGACAGCUCAGCAAACUCCAGCUGGACUUGCGCUAACAAUGCUGUAUAA